AGAGGCCAUCUUGGUCAUCGCCUCAAAAACUAUCAAUAAAACUAGGGGCCAUUCCAUGUCAAUUUUGUCAACCGGGCAAAGGGUAGUUAUGAGUUAUCCCCCAAUGCAGUCAUUGUAAUCGAAACGGAUCCCUCUCUGUUCCUUCUAAGAACAGCCUUUCUCUUCCUCUUUCCUCUCUCAAGUCCAUAUCCUUCUCCCUCAACCAUGUUUUUUUCCAACAGUUUUCCCUUCCUGGCCUCCUCACGGUUGUCUUAGAAGAUGACCAGGGAAUAAGAAGAGAUCAGGAAAGGAAGACUGUGUGAGAUGGCAGGCUCCAGUUGCAUGGGAUUGGUGGCAGUCUUUGCCAUCUCCAGCAGCGUAGUUCUUUUGUCCCUUCAGGUCCAGAAGCGCCUCGUGUCGGAAUUCAUGAAGAAGGUUGAAUCAGAACUUGGAGUUAUAAGAAACCGGCGAAAGAAGAAGGUGAGGUUUGCCGCCGAUGUGAUCGAGCCAUCGUCGAACAACGAAGAAUAUAGAAGGCGCCGGACGUCGACAAGACCGGCCCCAGCAAUGAACGAUUUCUCCUUAUCCCUGUGA